ACGCCGCUCUGCUUCUGUGCUGCGGAAAGCAGAGUGAUAUUUCUGUUCCCGUAGCGUGUUGUAAAAUGCAUGAGAUUUUGCUCAUCCUCCCUGGAAAUGAGAAUAGGAAAAUGAGAGCGUCCUGAAGCAGAAGCUAUUAGAAGAGCGUGCAGAAACCUGCAGCGAUUUAUGCUUUAUUUUGUCUUCCUAGCUAUGGAUUAGAAGGACUGAUUUCUGCAAUGGGCUUUUUCCAUAAUGGCUUUCUUGUAUUGUUUGGUCAGAGCUUGCACAGGAGGAAAACAGGCUGCUGAAUUUAGUCACUGAUCUCUAUUAGCCGUGGCCUAAGGCUAUGCUGAGAUUUAUAUCCCAUUUGUAUUGUUGCAGCUCAAAAGAAGAAUGUUCAGAGGAUGACAAGUGUAUUCUGAGUAGUACCGUGGUGACAACAUGCCAUUGAAAUGGAAAACGAGCUCUCCUGCUAUCUGGAAAUUCCCAGUUCCUGUGCUUAAAACAUCCAGGUCAUCGCCACUUUCUCCAGCAUACAUAUCUCUGGUGGAAGAGGAGGAUCCUCAUAUGAAAGUAUCUCUUGGUAGCAGCGAUAUGGGCGUCUCUGCCCAUCUGCAGUCUUCGAAGACAGGGACCACGAGAUUUUUCACCAGCAAUACUCACAGUUCCGUGGUGUUACAGGGUUUUGACCAGCUGCGAGUGGAAGGUUUGCUAUGCGAUGUGACCCUGGUUCCAGGAGAUGGUGAUGAGGUGUUUCCUGUCCACAGAGCAAUGAUGGCUUCUGCAAGUGACUACUUCAAGGCCAUGUUCACAGGAGGAAUGAAGGAACAGGACUUAAUGUGCAUCAAGCUUCAUGGUGUCAACAAAAUAGGCCUGAAGAAGAUCAUUGAUUUCAUUUAUACUGCAAAGCUUUCCCUUAACAUGGACAACCUUCAGGACACUCUGGAAGCUGCCAGUUUUUUGCAGAUUUUACCUGUUUUGGACUUCUGUAAAGUGUUUCUUAUCUCUGGGGUUUCCUUGGAAAACUGUGUUGAGGUUGGGCGAAUUGCCAACACAUACAAUCUCACAGAAGUGGAUAAAUAUGUUAAUAAUUUCAUCCUAAAGAACUUCCCCGCGUUAUUAAGUACUGGUGAAUUUGUGAAACUCCCCUUUGAACGUCUCGCCUUUGUGCUUUCAAGUAAUAGCCUUAAGCACUGCACUGAACUUGAACUCUUCAAGGCGGCUUGUCGCUGGCUGCGGUUUGAAGAGCCUCGAAUGGAAUAUGCUGCAAAGCUAAUGAAGAACAUCAGAUUUCCUUUGAUGACACCCCAGGAUCUUAUUAACUACGUUCAAACAGUGGACUUCAUGAGAACUGACAACACCUGUGUAAACUUGCUUUUGGAAGCCAGCAACUACCAAAUGAUGCCAUACAUGCAACCGGUUAUGCAGUCAGAGAGAACUGCCAUUCGAUCAGACAGCACUCACUUGGUAACGUUGGGGGGAGUGCUGAGGCAGCAGCUGGUUGUCAGCAAAGAGCUACGCAUGUAUGACGAAAAAGCCCAUGAAUGGAAAUCAUUAGCUCCCAUGGAUGCACCGAGGUACCAGCAUGGCAUCGCUGUCAUUGGAAACUUUCUCUAUGUAGUUGGGGGCCAGAGCAAUUACGACACAAAAGGAAAGACAGCAGUUGACACAGUCUUCAGAUUCGAUCCCCGCUAUAACAAGUGGAUGCAAGUCGCGUCUUUAAAUGAGAAGCGCACCUUCUUCCACCUAAGUGCCCUGAAAGGACAUUUGUAUGCAGUUGGCGGUCGAAAUGCAGCGGGUGAGCUAGCCACUGUGGAAUGCUACAAUCCCAGAAUGAACGAAUGGAGCUACGUUGCAAAAAUGAACGAACCCCACUAUGGUCAUGCUGGAACUGUGUAUGGAGGUUUAAUGUACAUUUCAGGGGGAAUUACCCACGAUACUUUCCAGAAGGAACUUAUGUGCUUUGACCCUGACACAGACAAAUGGACUCAGAAAGCUCCGAUGACGACAGUCAGAGGUCUGCAUUGCAUGUGUACUGUAGGAGACAAGCUCUAUGUUAUUGGUGGAAAUCACUUUAGAGGAACGAGUGAUUAUGAUGAUGUUCUAAGCUGUGAAUAUUACUCAACAACUCUAGACCAGUGGACUCCAAUUGCUGCCAUGUUACGUGGGCAAAGUGAUGUUGGGGUCGCUGUCUUUGAAAAUAAAAUCUAUGUAGUUGGAGGAUAUUCUUGGAAUAACCGCUGUAUGGUGGAAAUAGUUCAGAAAUACGAUCCAGAAAAAGAUGAGUGGCAUAAAGUGUUUGACCUUCCCGAAUCGCUUGGUGGCAUUCGAGCCUGCACUCUUACUGUUUUCCCACCGGAGGACAAUACAGGGUCGCCGUCCAGAGAAUCUCCUCUUUCAGCACCUUAGAAACGUCCCUUGACUUACGAUGUUGUAGUAACACCUUUGCACUGCAUCAUGGAGUCUAUUACUUCCCUUCAGUAGUUUCUGUUAGGCUUAGCCUACAGCGUUUGGUACAAUUACUGGAAAAAAAAAAAACCCAACGAUUUUGACAUUACUUGUGCUGUUUGUUUGGCCUAGAAUGUUUGUGAAGUGGUUAACAAAGAAAACCCUGUACUCACUUGAGCCAAGCGUUUAACAGAUGAGAAGAUACUGUCUGUAAAAUGUAUGAACUAGGUACGUUAUUAAUGUUGUGUACUGGGUGUGAGGUGCCUCGUAACUUCAUUUGGAAGCCCAAUGAAUCAAAUUAGAACUUUG